AUGGCGGCCUUACCUCCGCGAGAGUUCGCGGCUCAGGUGCUGCCCGGCUGCGUGGUGCCCACGGCGCGCCAGGGCCUGGCCCAGCUCUGGCCGCUGCUGCUGCUCUGCCUCGGGGCGCGGCUGCUGCACCGGCUGCCCCUGCCGCGGGGGGGGAAGCACGCGGGCUCGGCGGCCGGGGGGCUCCUGGCCCUGCACCAUUUCUUCGGGGCUCAGGCGCUGUGGGUGGCUCUGCUGAGCGGGCUCUGCGUCCUCACCCUGCUCCUGAGCCGGGGCCUCAGUUUCCACCUGGCCGCUGUCCUGCUCUCCCUGGGCCUCAUCACCUACGCCGAGCACGCCCUGAGGCAGCGCCUGGCCGCCAUCUUUGACGCCUGUGUCCUGUCCAAGCGCUGCCCCCCCCAGUGCAGCCACCGCCACAAGAACGCGCUGUGGGUGCGGGCGCUGAAUGGGGCCCUGGGCGCCCUGGCCCUUUUCCACCUGUCCUACCUGGGUGCCCUGUUCGACGUGGAGGCCGAGGACACCGUGGAGGAGCAGGGCUACGGGAUGGCCUAUACGGUGCGCAAGUGGUCGGAGCUGAACUGGGCCAGUCACUGGGUGACGCUGGGCUGCUGGGUGCUGGCCCGGCUGCUGCGCUGAGGCUCUGGGAGGGCACUGG